AAAAUAAAGGAACUAUUAUUAUCAUUUUCUCCCUCCUUCUCUGUAACUACCAUUUUAUCAUUACAUAAUAAACAUGUAUUAAAAUCUCCUACAAUCAACAAACAUAGUAGGAAACAACAUAGCAUUCCCCGUCCUAUUUAAUUCAAAAUCCUAUAUAUGUAACUUUUCUUGUAUAUAUUCAGUUGCAGGAGUUGGUUAAUUUUAGGAGAGAAAAAAAUAAAAGAUGGCAGGAGGUGGAGGAGAUCAAGAAACAAAUUUGGAAUAUACACCAACAUGGGUUGUUGCUGUGGUCAGCACUGUCAUAGUUGCUAUAUCUCUUCUUGUUGAAAGAAUUCUUCACUAUGGUGGCAAGCUUUUGUUAGCUGUGGGGACUAAACUAGAACAUGUGAUAACUCAACUUGCCGGAGAGGUUGCUGCAAAGCACGUAGCAGUGGAAGGUGAUUUGGUAGUGAAACCAUCAGAUGACCACUUCUGGUUUCAUAGACCGCGACUCGUCCUUUUCCUCAUUCAUAUAAUCCUUUUCCAGAACUCUUUUGAGAUUGCAUUUUUCUUCUGGAUUUGGGCUCAAUAUCAUUUCAACUCCUGCAUCAUGGGACAGGUUCGCUAUAUCAUUCCUCGACUUGUCAUAGGGGUGUUUGUUCAAUUCCUUUGCAGUUAUAGUACUCUACCACUAUAUGCAAUUGUCACACAGAUGGGAAGUUCCUUCAAGAAAGAAAUAUUCGACGAGCAUAUACAAGACGGGCUUGUUGUUUGGGCUAAGAAGGCUAGAAGGAGAGCCAUCAACGGCUCCAGCCAAGUGGUCCAUAAAGAGUCCACUUCACCUAUGGCUGUGCAGUUAACACAAUUAGAAACACAAGAAUCUGCUAUGGAAGAGGGUAAUGCCGGAGAAAUUAGGCAGGCUACCGACCAACCCAACUCAAAGGUAAAAUAAGCCAACAACAACAUUCCUCAGAUCUCUCGAAGCUGUUAAACUGUAAAGAAAAUUGUAAAGAGAGAGCACUUUCUUAUAUGUAAAAACUGUAUACAGUACAUACACCUACCUAGGAAGAAAAAAGAAUGGUUUGAAAUUUUUUCGGAGUAAACUCAGUUGUGUUUUAACUCAUGUAUGUUUCAAAGCUAUAUAGAUAUACUUCCACACAAGAAGGCAAAUGUAUUGUUGUUGAAUAUUGUCCAAAGUUGUCACAACUUACUGGUAUCUUUAGAA